CCGCGCUUAUCAGCUCAGACAGAACGUUCUCGGUGGUUAUCGCUCUCGAAGAAACGUUCUUCCUUCACGAUCGCAAUCCUUCCUUGCGUGAAAAAGGCAACCUCGGGCUUUUCGCUGCUUCCUCCCUUCCCCGUUGCAUGUCCGAAAGGACGAGCGAACUAGUGGUUGGGAUACUUUCACUCGGGGAAAAUGCUGGAAGGCAGUUCCCAAACGUUCCUGGGGGAUUCCAACCCCGGAACCCUGCUAUCGUCAAACCCGAACACAGCAUUCCAGUCCCCCAAGUUGCAGCCUUUCUGCGGUGACUUUGAGGGCUGGGGCCCGCUCAGUGAAUUCAGAUUCGAUCUGACGCCUUGUUUUCUGGAUGCUGGAGUCGCCGUCGUUGCAGCAUGGGGUCUGCUUAUGGGAGCAGGCGCCCUGUGGUACUUGCUCAAAAAGCGAAUCCCUCAGCCGGUGUCAAAGAAUUGGCAUUUCUACGCCAAGCUGGUCGUUUUGUCCGCUUUGAUCUUCACCACUGCCCUACAGGCAGCGAUCCAGGUCGAAACCUCCCCGGAUAUCUGGUUUGGUGACUUUCGGUUCUGGAGCUCAGUCCUUGUUCUCGCUUCUUUGUGCAUGAUCUUUGCGGUGCAGUACUAUGAACACUGGCGCAGCAGGCAGCCCAACGGCGUCGUGCUCUUCUACUGGCUCUUCUUCGCUAUCGCCUACGGGGUCAAAUUGCGGUCGCUUGUUGCACGGAAGGCGUACGAGGAUCAUCUUCCUUAUUUCGUUUCUUUCACCGUAAGCCUCGGGCUGGCGCUACUGGAAUUCGCUCUGGAGUACUUUGUUCCUAAGAAACAAAGUGCCUAUGAUGCGUUGGGCGACGAGGAUGAAUGCCCUUAUGAAUACGCAGACAUCUUCUCGGUCCUCACUUUCAGCUGGAUGACCCCGAUGAUGAAAUUCGGCUACAGCAACUUCUUGACCCAAGAUGACCUCUGGAAUUUGCGUCGUCGUGAUACAACUAGCGUCACUGGGUCGACGUUGAGGGGGCAUUGGGAGUAUGAGCUGCAAAAGAGCAAGCCAUCUUUGUCGCUGGCGCUCAUCAAGUCUUUCGGUGGAUCAUUCUUGCGUGGUGGAAUCAUCAAAUGCGGGAGCGACAUGUUGGCCUUCGUGCAGCCACAGCUUCUGCGUCUACUGAUCACCUUCAUCAACUCCUAUCGGACCGACGAGCCUCAGCCAGCCAUCCGGGGUGUGGCCAUAGCGCUUGGAAUGUUCCUGGUAUCAAUCACGCAGACCAUGUGCCUCCACCAGUAUUUCCAGAGAGCCUUUGACACCGGUAUGCGGGUCAAGUCUGCCUUGACUGGUAUGAUCUACGCCAAGUCUCUGAAGCUCUCCAGCGAGGGACGUUCAACAAAGACAACUGGAGACAUCGUCAAUCAUAUGGCUGUCGAUCAACAGCGUUUGUCCGAUCUGACCCAGUUCGGUAUCCAGCUUUGGUCCGCUCCUUUCCAGAUUACCCUCUGCAUGUUAUCACUCUAUCAGCUCGUCGGAUACAGCAUGUUUGCUGGAAUUGGUGUGAUGAUUCUCAUGAUCCCACUGAACGGAGUGAUCGCUCGUAUGAUGAAGAAGCUUCAGCUUGUUCAGAUGAAAAACAAGGAUUCGAGAUCCAGAUUGAUGACGGAGAUCCUGAACAACAUCAAGAGUAUCAAGCUCUAUGCGUGGAAUACGGCCUUCAUGAACAAGCUCAGCCACAUCCGUAAUGACCUGGAAUUGAACACGCUCCGCAAAAUCGGUGCGACGCAGUCCAUUGCGAACUUCACUUGGCAGUCCACCCCGUUCCUGGUCUCUUGCUCCACGUUUACUGUCUACGCCCUGACGCAAGACAAGCCUCUGACCACCGAUGUGGUGUUCCCGGCCUUGACGCUUUUCAACCUUCUCACUUUCCCACUUUCCAUUCUUCCCAUGGUUAUUACCGCUGUCAUCGAGGCUUCCGUGGCUGUCAAGCGUCUGACGGAUUACUUCACCGCCGAGGAAUUGCAGACCAACGCUGUUAAGGUCGAGGAUACAGUGACCCAUAUCGGCGAUGAGUCUGUGAGGAUCCAGGAUGCGUCCUUCACUUGGAACCGAUACGAUGGGACGCACGUUAUUGAGAAUAUCGAUUUCAGCGCCCGCAAGGGCGAGCUCAGCUGUAUUGUCGGCAGAGUCGGUGCUGGCAAAUCUUCUAUGCUCCAGGCUCUUCUGGGUGAUUUGUGGAGGACUGAGGGUGAAGUCGUUGUCCGAGGCCGCAUCGCCUAUGUUGCCCAAGCGCCCUGGGUGAUGAACGCCAGUGUCCGUGAGAACAUUGUCUUUGGCCAUCGGUGGGACCCUCAGUUCUACGACCUCACGGUAGAGGCAUGUGCUUUGCUGGACGACUUCAAGAACCUGCCUGAUGGAGAUCAAACUGAAGUUGGUGAAAGAGGAAUCUCUCUCUCUGGAGGACAAAAGGCUCGGUUGACCCUCGCUAGAGCUGUCUAUGCUCGUGCGGACAUCUAUCUGCUCGACGAUGUUCUCUCCGCGGUCGAUCAGCAUGUGGGUAGACAUCUCAUCAACCGAGUACUUGGUCGAAACGGUAUUCUCAGUACUAAGACCAGAAUCCUUGCGACAAAUGCUAUUCCUGUCCUGAAAGAAGCGGAUUUCAUCGGCUUGCUACGCAACAAGACCCUGAUCGAGAAGGGAACCUACGAGCAGCUCCUGGCUAUGAAGGGUGAAGUCGCUAACCUUGUUCGCACUACCAUGAAUGAUUCCGACGACGACGAGUCUGGCAGCGAUAGCCGUGAGCUGGCUAGCCCUGAGAGUUCGGAGUCCGUCACUGUCAUCGAUAACGAAGACUCUGACUCGGAUCCAGAGGAUGCUGAGCAGGAAAUCGGCGCUCUUGCUCCGAUCAGGGCUGCUGCUACUGGAAGAAGAACUAGUACCGUGACUCUACGACGUGCUAGCACUGCUAGCUGGAAGGGCCCCAGGCGCAAGCUCGGCGAUGAGGAGAAUGUGCUGAAGAGCAAGCAAACCCAAGAGACAUCGCAGCAAGGCAAAGUCAAAUGGAGUGUCUACGGCGAGUACGCUAAGAACAGCAACAUCGUUGCUGUUUGCUUCUACCUUGUCGCCCUCCUGGGAGCUCAGACCGCGCAAGUCGCUGGCAGUUUCUGGCUCAAGCACUGGUCUGAGGAAACCGAGAAGAACCCAAACCUCGCUGUCGGUAAAUACAUCGGUAUUUACUUGGCGUUCGGUCUGGGCUCAUCCCUUCUGGUGAUUCUUCAAAACCUGAUCUUGUGGAUCUUCUGCUCUAUCGAGGCCUCUCGCAAACUCCACGAACGUAUGGCAUUCGCGAUCUUCCGUUCACCAAUGAGCUUCUUUGAGACCACACCAUCUGGCCGAAUUCUCAACCGAUUUUCGAGUGAUGUAUAUCGUAUUGAUGAAGUGCUUGCACGGACAUUCAAUAUGCUGUUUGGCAACUCCGCCAAGGCCAUGUUCACCAUGAUUGUCAUUGCCUCCUCGACCCCAGCAUUCCUUCUGUUGAUCGUUCCUUUGGGCUAUGUUUACUUCAGCUACCAGAAGUACUAUCUCCGCACAUCCCGUGAACUAAAGCGCUUGGAUAGCGUUACGCGGAGUCCCAUCUACGCUCAUUUCCAGGAGUCGCUGGGUGGCAUUUCGACCAUUCGUGCGUAUAGGCAAGAGGACCGAUUCACGAUGGAGAACGAGUGGCGUAUGGAUGCGAAUGUGCGGGCAUACUUCCCGUCCAUCAGUGCCAACAGAUGGCUGGCGGUGCGCCUCGAAUUCAUUGGCUCCGUCAUUAUCCUGGCCUCUGCAGUACUUUCUAUCAUUUCCGUAACGACCGGCAGUGGGAUAUCUGCUGGCAUGGUUGGUCUGGCCAUGUCCUACGCACUCCAGAUCACCCAAUCCUUGAACUGGAUCGUCCGGCAAACCGUCGAGGUUGAGACAAACAUCGUGUCGGUCGAGCGUGUACUAGAGUACGCAAGCCUGCCCAGCGAGGCACCGGAGGUGAUCUUCAAGCACCGGCCUGCCAUUGGCUGGCCGGCGCAAGGCGCGGUAUCCUUCAACAACUACAGCACACGUUACCGCCCCGGACUUGAUCUCGUGCUCAAGGAUAUCAAUCUUGAUAUCAAGCCCCACGAGAAGAUCGGAGUGGUUGGCCGGACCGGUGCAGGCAAGAGUUCGCUGACACUUGCACUCUUCCGCAUUAUCGAACCGGAUGGAGGCAACAUCAGCAUCGACGGGCUGAACGUGUCGACGAUUGGCCUGUUUGACCUGCGGGGCCGCCUGGCCAUCAUCCCUCAGGAUCCGGCCAUGUUUGAGGGCACCGUCCGGGAUAAUCUGGACCCACGACAUGCGCACGAUGACACCGAACUCUGGAGCGUUCUUGAACAUGCGCGACUUAAAGAUCACGUCGCGCAAAUGGACGGUCAGUUGGAUGCCCAAAUUCAGGAAGGAGGGUCCAAUCUCAGUCAAGGGCAGCGCCAGCUGAUCUCUCUUGCACGAGCGCUGUUGACGCCUAGUAAUAUUCUGGUGCUGGACGAGGCAACGGCGGCAGUGGAUGUGGAAACGGACGCAUUGCUGCAACGCACGUUGCGCAGCAGCAUUUUCCAAGACCGCACGAUCAUCACCAUCGCGCAUCGUAUCAACACCAUCAUCGACUCGGAUCGAAUCGUGGUGCUCGACAAGGGCCGGGUGGUCGAGUUCGACACGCCUGCGGAGCUGAUCAAGCGCGAAGGUCGGUUCUAUGACCUGGUCAAGGAGGCCGGACUCCUGGACAGCACCGACGGGUCUGGACCUACGCAACAAUCCUAGCGCGUAUGACGAACAUGGCGCUUUCUGGGUGGUUGGGAGGAUAAGAUAGCUGGUAUGGUUUCAGGCCGAUCUUUCGCCCCCGACAUGAGUCACUAGGACCCGUCCAUAGACAGAGCUAUUGUUUGUGUACUGCAUGGGGGUCCAUGGCCAGUCUGUGCGCAUCUGAUUGGGAAGCAAUAGGAGAAAAAAAAAAAAAAGGGGGGGGGGGGGGGGGGGG